AUGUGUGAAGAUCCAACUAGUGUUGUGAGUUCAGUAUCUUACGAUACUAAAACUAAUUCAUAUAGUGGUUUUUCACCACAAUUGGUAAAUGGUUUACCUAUUAUAAAUCAAUUUCAAACAAAUAAUUAUAAUGAGUUACAACAAUGGUUCGAAGAUUUUGACAAAUCUACAUUAAUAAAUGCAAAUUUAGUUGAACCAUUAUUAACUAAUAAUUCUUCUUCAAUACAUUCGAGACCAUAUAUCAUUUCCGCUUACGAAACUAAUAAUAAAUAUAUAGGUAUAGAUGUUCUUCGUAAAUGGAUAUAUAUGUAUAAUGAAUGCAAAAAAAGAAAUAUUAUUGUUGUCGGUUUUGCAAGUGAUUGUGAAGCACGCUAUCUUAAAGCUAUGCAAAUAUCAUUAGACUUUUUUACACACACACCAAAUAUUGAUUUACUAAGUGAAAAUAAAAAUUUAUUUCACAUUAAUAUUCCACCAACAUGGACUUUUUUUUUAUGA